GCAUAACCUGAAGUGACAUGCCAGCUCCAACACUCCCACAUUCGUUACGCGAAACGCAAGAGAUUAGCUACGGUCACGAAAAGAAGUAGCAUUUCCGCCAGCUGCAGACUUUUUUCUCCAUAAAAUGAAGCGGUAAGAAUUGGAAGUAUAUCCUUUAUAUCUAGGAUUAUUACUUGCACUCAGUUUUCCUGGGUCAGAAUGACUGGGCAUGAGAGGACACAGCGCGCAAGCGACGACGAAGACCAGAGACAUAAUUCCGUCGUCCACAAUUCGGGGCAAACUGUGGAACGCCGACAUAGUGUUUAGUUGGAAUAAAAACUGAAUGGAGCGUGCAGGCUUGGAUGGACGCAAUGGGUGACUCCGAGCAAAUGCAUAAAGAAUGGAUAUAGCGGAGGCGAGUUUUCCUGCGCUCAACUCCUCCGCGAACGGCACGAGCGCGCCCAAACUUCCGCCGCACUCGCGCUGCGCGGCCGCUUUUAUCAUCCUGGUGGUCACAGUGAUUAUUCUGGUCACCAUCAUAGGAAACGUGCUUGUGGUGGUGGCCGUGUUCACGAGCCGCGCUCUGCGCGCUCCCCAGAACCUCUUCCUGGUGUCACUGGCGUCGGCGGACAUCCUGGUGGCCACGCUGGUCAUCCCGUUCUCUCUGGCCAACGAAGUGAUGGGCUACUGGUACUUCGGCAGCACGUGGUGCGCGCUCUACCUGGCUCUCGACGUGCUCUUUUGCACCUCGUCCAUCGUGCACUUGUGCGCCAUCAGCCUUGACCGCUACUGGUCAGUAACGAGCGCUGUGAGCUACAACCUGAAGCGCACGCCGCGCCGCGUCAAGACUAUGAUUGCCGCUGUGUGGAUCAUCUCAGCUGUCAUCUCUUUCCCACCGCUUGUCAUGACCAAGCAUGACGAGCUCGAGUGCCUGCUAAACAACGACACGUGGUACAUCUUGUCCUCGUGCGCCGUGUCCUUCUUCGCACCGGGCCUCAUCAUGGUGUCCGUGUACUGCAAGAUCUACAGAGUGGCCAAACAAAGGGCCGCCACCGUGUUUGUGGCCAAAGCCAGCAUGGCGCGCCAGCCCUCACUCUCCGAGACGGGUUUUGUGCGCAAGGGAAAGUCCGACGCGACUAGUCCGAGCGUGUACGGCUCUAAAGAGCAAAACCAAGGUGAGCUGGACGCCAUCGAUCUGGAAGAGAGCUGCGUCUCCAAUGCGCACUCGGCCAGAGGCGGCAAAGUGGAAGUCGCGUGUGUGUGCGCACGUGCCAAGCUGGAAGCACGCGCGUCGGAAGCGUGUGACGAUGAGCCGGUGAAUCGUGUCCGACAGAGCUCUCUGUCCAAAGCCAAACUGGCUCAGAUGCGCGAGAAACGCUUUACUUUCGUGUUGGCUGUGGUUAUGGGUGUCUUUGUGCUCUGCUGGUUCCCGUUUUUCUUCACCUACAGCCUUCACGCCGUGUGCAGGGAGAGCUGCACGAUACCUGACACGCUGUUCAACCUUUUUUUCUGGAUCGGCUACUGCAACAGCUCAGUGAACCCUAUCAUUUACACCAUUUUUAACCGGGACUUUCGGAGAGCUUUUAAAAAGAUCAUGUGCCACAACCCAGUCAGAGCCUGAAUGUAGAUUAUUUUGGAUUUGUGCACGAUUUUACCUGCUGCCCCAAAAAAGAAUGAAUGAAAGUUUGUUUCUGUGUGUGUGUGUGUGUGUGUGUGUGUGUAAAUACUAUAAGGAACCCCAUUUGUUUGUUUUUUUACAGAUAUUCUAUUCUCUCAUGUUUACAUGUCUAGAUAGGGUUGCUGAGAUUUCACCUAUAGAAAAUGACUGAAUUCUGAUCCACAGUGCCGGAUUAAACAUCUACAGUGUUUAUGUAAGAGUAACCGGACACAACUGCAGCUGUAGGAGGGACUGACACUUCCAACAAAAGAUCCAGAAGCAAUGCCUCUCCGGUAAAUGCAAACAAAUCAUUCAUCCUAUCAUGUUUAAAU